AUGGAGAGCGAAAAAAAGCAAAGGGUUUCGCAAAACAGAGAUCAUUACGCGAAGGGGAGGUCAGAGGCAAUAUUCAGCGAUGACAUAAGAGAAAUUCAAACCAUCGAUGUAAGUGAAGAAAUAGAGAAAGACAUUAAUUUUUUAAAGGAUUUAGCAAUCAUCUGUAGAUUUAUCGGCCCAAGAACGGAUAGGAAAUCAAUAGAAAGAUGGAUCGAGGAAACUUGGAAGACGUCGCAGAUAACAAAAUUCAUGCCGAAAGGAUUCUUCAUUGUGGUUUUUGCUUCGGAAGAAGAACGGCAAAAGAUACUGGAAGGGGGAUUAUGGACCAUGAAUAAUAAGCCACUGUAUAUCCAAAAAUGGUAUAGGAACUUCAAUCCAUUAAAAAUGGAGCCCUAUGAGAAGCCAAUAUGGAUUCGAUUGAAUAAUCUGCCAAUGGAAUACUGGUCGAAAGAAGGCUUAGAAAAGAUAGGCAGAUCAAUGGGAACCCUAAUGGAGAUAGAUGCAGAAAUUACGACUGGAAAUUCGUAUUUGUAUGCAAGGAUGAAAUUAGUGGCAGUCAGGAGAAUUCCACAAUUGAUAAAAUUGAGAAGUCAUGAUAUGGAAUGGUUACAAGCGAUCGAAAUAGAGGAGGAGAAAUAUUUUUGCUCUAUAUGCGGAAGAAGAAACCAUGAUUUAGAUAAGUGCAGAAAUAACAAAAAUGAGAAAAAGGUUUGGAGGGUAAAACAAGCAGCGGGAAAUAAAAAGUCAGAAGAGCUACUUCAAAUAACAGUUAGAGAACAAGUUAAUGAAAAUCUUGAUAAGAAACAGAGUGGGGUGAGCCAGGAGGCGGAGGGAAAUAACAAAAAGGAUCUUGAAGAGAAGGCAUGUAAUUUAGAGUCAAAUUGUCAAAGUGAUAUCGGGUUGGAGGAAGAUGAAAUUUCUGAGGAGGACGAAGAUAAGGAUGAAUUAGAGAUAACAGACAUUAGGAAUAUAGGCCAGUCAAUGGUUAUACCAAUAGAGAAAGGGAUUAGAGGUAAAGGUCAGAAAUCUAACAAAAUGAAAAGAGAGGAGGAGGUGGCUGAGAAAGGAUUUCUUAGUGUAUCAGAAUUCUUGAAUAGGAAGAGUACCAAGGGAGUUAACAGCUCCCUUGGGAAGCAAUGA